AUGAGAAACUUGACGGACCACUUCGGCGGCCUAGUCCAUCGAGGCUUUCGUUACCUUCAGACCUUCGCCGACGGCAUCGACUUUGCCUACUGCGGCCGCCUCUUCCAGCAGUUCACCGAUCGGCGUCUCCCUGUUCAAGGGAAGCAACUGCACGCUCGGCUAAACCUCCUCUCAGUCAUUCCUGACAAUUUCCUUGGUUCCAAGCUCAUCAAUCUCUAUGCUAAAACAGGCAACCUGUGCCAUGCCCGGAGCGUGUUCGACCAAAUUCCCCAGAAGAACACUUUCGCUUACAAUGCGAUGCUCAUCUCUUAUUCCCUCAACGACUGCCACAGCGACGCGCUUAAUCUCUUUGCGGAGUUGGCUCUUUCAAAUGAGCUCGAGGCUAGACCCAACAAUUACUCGGUCACGUCUCUUAUGAAGUCGCUGGGGAAGUUGCCCUAUGGUGAUGUGAAAGCUGGAAAACAGGUGCAUGGGUUUAUUCUCAGAAAUGGGUUGGAGGGUGACGUUUUCGUUGGGAAUGCUCUGAUCAGUUACUAUGCUAAAUGUAUUGCCAUCGUCCUUGCGAGGAAGGUGUUCGACGAAAUGACUCAAAGAGACGUAGUUUCGUGGAACUCGAUGAUUGCAGGAUACUCUCAGGCGGGAUUUUAUGAGCAGUGCAAAGGAUUGUACAGAGACAUGUUAGAAUCGUCUGGGUUUAUGCCGAAUGCUGUAACUAUCGUUAGCGUCCUGCAAGCGUGUGGCCAGUCAGCUGAUCUUGUUCUCGGAAUGGAAGUUCAUAGAUUUGCCAUUGAUAAUCGGAUUGAAUUGGACACGGAGGUUCGUAAUGCGUUCAUUGGAAUGUACGCCAAAUGCGGUAGCUUGGAAUACGCAAGGGAAUUGUUUGAAGACAUGAGUGAUAGAGAUAAUGUGACUUACGGCUCAAUUAUAUCUGGCUACAUGCUUCAUGGCUUAGUAAACGAGGCUGUGGAUAUCUUCAGAUCAACAAAAUCUCAUUGGAUAAGUGCUUGGAAUGCAGUGAUUUCAGGCUUGGCACAAAAUAAUCGGCAUGAGCAGGUUAUAGAAUUGUUCAGGGAAAUGUUGGCAUCUGGUUUAAGCCCUAAUCCGGUGACCCUUUCAAGCCUUCUACCUGCACUAUCCCACUAUUCGAAUCUCAAAGCAGGCAAAGAGGUCCACGGUCAUGCUGUGAGAAAUCUCUACGACCAGAACGUAUAUGUAGCAACUGCAAUCAUUGAUAUCUAUGGCAAGUCAGGAUUUGUAACCGGGGCGCAGGUUGUUUUUGAGCAGUCAAAAGAACGGAGCUUGAUUUUGUGGACUUCAAUAAUAUCUGCCUAUUCAUCAAACGGAGAUGCUAGCUCAACUCUUGUGCUUUUUCAUAAGAUGCUAAACAAGGGCAUCCAGCCUGAUGGAGUUACAUUCACAGCAGUGUUGUCAGCUUGUGCUCACUGUGGAAUGGUGGACAAAUCUUGGGAGAUCUUCAAUGCCAUGUCGACAAAUUAUGGCAUCCAACCGUUCGUCGAGCAUUAUUCCUGCGUAGCAACUGCUCUAUGCAGAGCCGGGAGGCUCUCAGAGGCAAAAGAAUUUGUUUCCAACAUGCCAAUUACACCAAGUGCCAAAAUUUGGGGGGUAUUGCUUCAUGGAGCUUCAGAAGCUGGUGAUGUUGAACUCGCAAAGUUCGUAUGUGAUCGUUUGUUUGUCAUUGAACCAGAGAAUACAGGGAAUUAUAUGAUCAUGGCAAAUUUAUACGCACAAGCGGGGAGAUGGAAAGAGGCCGAUGAGGUGAGAGAUAGGAUGAACGAUAUUGGGUUGAAGAAGAUCUCUGGUCGUAGCUGGAUAGAUGAUAGCCGUGUUACAAUGUAA